ACGCGGCAGUUCAGUCCGCUCUGAAAGCUCUCGCCAUGAUGUCUGUCCGCUGGAACCACCUUUGCCUCGGCCUGUUGCUGAUCCUCUGCAGCCUUCUGGCCCUGACCACUGCCCAGGUGCCCAUCACGCCGCGCGAGUGCCCCGCGAACGAGUCGUACCUGCCGUGCGGCCCCAGCUGCCAGACGGAGUGCGCGACUCUGGGCCAGCCCUGCCUCAUACGACACAUCCGCUGCCCCGAUGGCUGCUACUGCAACGAUGGCUACGCCCGCAACGCUCGCGGCGCGUGCAUACCCCAGAAACAGUGUCGCAAGUGAAGGUACUCCACUCCACUCCAUUCCAACUGAAGGGAGAACAAUCGAAGCAACAAUAAAGCCCCUACUGGGAGGAUGAUCCAUGGCAUUGAUAAA